CUAGCCCCGCCCACCUCUCUUGCUCACCAACAUGGCGGACUUUCGCCUCCAUAGCGUACUACACUCUGUUCCAUUCAUUUGCGGUUGAGUUGUGCCACCCUUUUUAUUGUAGACUCCUUAGUCUGUACGUCCCCCGUUCAACUGUCCAAUGAGCACGCAGAACUCACGUGGACCGUACGGAGCAAGCACAUGCGCCGUGCUUACAACGCACGCACGUAGUGCGCACUGAUUUCUGCAGUACAUAUAAAAGCCAAGCCGGACAUUUCGUCGCCAAGAUGCCGAAGACAAAGAAGGGGUCAGCUGCAUCUGCAGCACAAAAGGCAGCGCAUGCGGCCAGAGAGGCCCAAAAACGGGCCGCGGCGGAUGAGAGGGCCAGAGAGGAAGAGGAAAGGAGGACCGAAGAAGAGUCAGAUGGUGACGCCAUGUCUGAACAUGAAGAGGGUGCUGCUGGUAGAUCGGGAAGAGGGUCACACGAAGAAGGGGGUGUGAAGGCCAACUGCUCCUUCUCGGCGAAAAAUGAGGAGCGCCUGGUUGAGUUCUUCUCGGUCAACCCGGCCUUUUACGAUAAGUCGCACCCAAAUUACCAGAACCAGCAAGAGAAGGAUAAACUCUUGGAGCAGCUGGCCAAGGAACUCCACACAACAAUAAAACAGAUCCAAGGCUGGUUCAAACACAUGCGGACUUCAGUGGGAAAACUCUACAAGACCAAGUCAGGGCAGCCUACCCAAAUUCUCACAGCAAGGAAGAAAUGGCAACUCGAGAAUUUCACCUUCCUGAAGGCCCACAUUGUCCCACGCACCUAUACUGUAAAGACCACACUGCGGGAGGAGACGGGCGAGCAAAGACUGAAUGAAGAGUCACUACACUCGAUCCCCACCAGGCCAGCAUCUGUAUCUCCCUCCACCUCCGCGGCCGGCCGCAAGACCAAACCUCCAGCCUGCAAGAAGUCUAAGAUCGACCUUCUUAUGAAUUUCUUGGACAGGCCCAGGCCCGAGGUCGUCCUGAGUAAACAGUUUGAGACAAUUGCUGCUGCCCCUGCACCCCGACAACCAGACGAGCGCACAGCAUUUAGCCAGUGGAUCGUGGCCAGGAUGUCAGGGAUCCCCCACGAUAGGUGGGAUGACUUCCAGUUGGCUGCUAUGCGCCUGAUGCAGGACUACAGCAGGCCCCGACCCAACACUGACUUACUAAUAAAAGCACCGGAUGAUGACGGGUGGUGAAUUUAUAGCAAAAUGUAUAAUUUUCAUUGUUUAAAAGACUAAAAAAAAAACAACCGUGUCCAAAACAUUCACUUCAUCGUAGGUUCAAACUUCACUGUACAAACAUCAUAUCCAGUAUGUAUUCUUCCAUUGUACUACUAUACCUCAUGAUUAUUUUUUCUUAUACCACAUUCUCAUCUGCCUUAAAACAAGUCUUUCAUCAUGUCAAGUCAAAAUUGUUGUAAAUAUUGUUGCAUUCCAAUAAAAAAAAAUAGUUUGUUACGUUG